AUGAAAGAAGAGGCAGAGGACAGAGACAGAGAUGUAAGCAGCCUAAAUAACAAGCUCUUGAGCCUGCAAAUGGACAUCAAGAAUCUCCAUGAUGUUUGCAAGAGACAGGGGAAGACCUUGCAGGAAAGUCAUCUCUGCGGGGAGGAAGUGAUGGAGAACAACAACCAUUCACUAGGACAGAGUCAAGAGUAACCAUUAUCAUUGCAGAAGUUACAGGUGGAGUUUGAGCCUACUAAACAGUGUCACCUGACACAGCUCCAACAACUGAAGAAAAAGUUGCUGGCCCUUCAGCAGGAGCUGGAGUUCCGUACAGAGGAGCUGCAGGCAUCCUACUGCUCCCUCCUGCAGUACCAGUCUGUCUUGCAGAAGCAGACUUCAGACCUGGUUCUUCUUCAUCAACACUGCAAAAUGAAGGAAGAUGAGGUGAUCCUUUAUGAAGAGGAAAUGGGGAAUCACAACAACAACACGGGGGAGAAGCUCAUUUUGGCAGAAGAGCAGCUUGCCUUAGCCGGGGACAGGAUCCUUUCCUUGGAAAGGAGCUUAAACCUCUACAGGGAUAAGUAUCAGGCUUCCCUGAGCAACAUUGAAUUACUGGAAUGCCAAGUGAAGAUGCUAGAAGGGGAACUCAGCGGGCUAGCCAACCAGGAGCCUAAGAACAAAGGUGAUGACUCCAAGCUGCAGGUUUCCACAUCAAUCUGCCUGACUCAAGAGCAUCAGGAUUCACUGAAAGGCCUGUCAGAAGUGUGGCAAAAGAUCUCUGAGCAGGACGAUCUCAUCCAGCAACUCCGAAAUAAACUAGCCUGUAGCAAUGCUUUGGUUCUGGAACGUGAAGAGGCUCUAAUAAAAUUACAAGCAGAAUUUGCUUCAUAUACAGCAGUCAACAGACAUCCUAACUCCUCAGAAGAUUAUGAAGACAUAAAAAAGAUCUUGAGGCACUUUCAGGAGCAGAAAGACAGCCAGUGCCUGCAUGUGGAGGAGUACAAGAACCUGGUGAAGGACUUGAAUCUGGAACUGGAAACCGUGUCAGAGCAGAAGAAAGGCAUCAUGAAAGACAUGAUGAAGCUUGAGCUGGACCUGCAUGGGCUGCGGGAGGAGACCUCUGCCCACAUAGAACGGAAGGACCAGGAGAUCACCUGCCUACAACGGCGACUGCAGGAACUACAGAUGCAGUUCACGGAGACCCAGAAGCUGGUGUUGAAGAAAGAUCAGCUCCUCCAAGAGAAAGAUGAAAUGCGACACCAGCUAGAGAAAGAACUGACCCAGUUUCAGAACACCCUCAUGAAGAUGGAGAUAGAGUUGGAGGAGGAGAAGCAAGAAAUCAAAAAGGCCAAGAAAGAUAAGGGCAAGGCAGCCGAAUGUGAGGUGCUUCGAGCUGAGAUCCAGAGACUGAAGGAGUGUUUGGAAGAAAGUCAACAGCAGCAGAUGCUGGCUGCACAACAUCUAGCCCAAUGUCAAGAGGAAGCCAUGAUGACCAAAGGGAAACUGGAGGAAACACAGAAGAAACUUCAAAACUACAUUUUCAUGGAACAGCAGAAAUCAGACACCAUCCAGGAUCUACAAAGAAACCUCCAGAAGCUGCAGGAGGAUGCGCUUAUAUCUGAAGAGGAACUCUCUUGCAGCAGGAAAAAAAUAAAGGACCUGUCGUCAGAACUCUGUGAGGCCUUGAGAAAUCUUGAAAAUUCUGAUAAGGAGAAGAGACAGCUUCAGAAUAGUUUGUCUGAUCAGGAUUUAAAAAUGAAUGAACUGCUAGAUCAUGUCAAAGUCGUUCAACACAAGAAUAGGGAGCAAGGUUGUGCCAUGAGCAAACUAGAAGAUGACUUUCAGGAGGCAUCAAACUCCCUGGAAGAGAAACGGGAACAGUUGAAAAAGUGCAAAGAGAAGGAAAAGUUUCUAGAGCUAGAGCUUGAGGCAUUCCAGGAAGAAGAUAAAAGGAAGGAAAAAAUGUUAAAGGAAUGUGUGAGAAAGUUGGAAGAUGAAAACGAGGUUCUGAAAAUGCAGGUAGCACAAAUUACUACACAACUAGAUGCCACUAGGGGCAAACUAAACAGCAGCCAGAAAACCAUCCAAGAACUAAAGAAUGAGAUCUCCACUUACAAGGAGACCUUCAAGAAUAUGCAGAUCCAACUGGAAAAGGCAGAGCAGCUAGAGCAGCAAAAUCAUCAGGACAUGAUCAGUAGGGAAGUCCAUGAGGACUUGUGCCGAAAGUCGGCAGCUUGCAAGGAAGAGCUGGCACUGACCCUGGAGAAGCUCAAUAAUGCCACUACGGAGACGAAAAACCUGCACAGGAGCUUGCUGGUAGCCCACGAAAGAAAAAGCAAGCUGGAGGGGGAGAUCAUUAUUUACGAGGAGAGAAUGAAAAAAGUCAACAUAGAAUUAAAAAAACUGCAGAGCUUCCACCAGCAGAGUGAGCUAGAGGUGCAGGCCUUUGACAAGAAGCUGGAGGACAUGAGCAACCAAGUGCUGCAGUGGCAGAAGCAGCACCAGGCUGACCUCCAGAUGCUGGCGUCUAAAGAGAAGCAACUCAAGGGCUUCCAGGAGGAGAUGAUGGCCUUAAAGAAGAGUCUAGUGGCGGAUGACAAGGAGAUCAGUUGCUUGUCCCAGAAGGGCAUGACCAAAGAGACCUGCAGGAUCCACCAAGAGAAUGAGCAGAUUAUGUGCAACAUGGAGCAGUGGGCUAAAGAGCAGAAGAUAGAAAAUGAGAAGCUGGGAAACAAGCUACGAGAACAGGUCAAAUACAUCGCCAAGCUGACUGGAGAGAAGGAUCACCUCCACAAUGUGAUGGUUCACCUGCAGCAGGAGAACAAGAAGCUGAAAUGUGAGAUAGAAGAAAGGCGGCUGCGCACUGGGGCCCAGUGGGGCUGCAGCAGGACCCCGAUUCCGAAUAAACUGGAGCGCUUCCAGCGGGAGAAAGUACAGGCCACCUUGAACUGGAGGGGGGCAUCCCCUGAAAUGCACCAAAGAUUGGAGGUGGGAAAAUUUUGGGGGAUGUCCCACUGCUCAGUUUCUCCCAGGCCCAAGUCUGUAAAUAGGCUCCACCCCCAGCUGAUUUCUCACCACUUCCAAGGCAUACUAUCAUCCAGCCUCUCAGGCCAGGGCCAAAAGGAGAAAAUUUCCCAGCAACCUCUGGAGGCCCUCUCUCUUCUGCAUGACUGUGACAACUGUCUCUCACCCGCAUUCCUCCAACAGGGGCCAGAGCCUCAGGAACUGGCACUUAGCCCAGCUCCCACAGCCACCAAGGCAGCAGUACCUGCUGCAGCCUCCAUCUCAUACUCCCUCCCCAGCCCACCCAUCUCUUAG